AUACUUUCAUCACUGACCUGUCAACCGCUCUUAGUAUGGACAGCCUCCACCUUCCGUCGCCCAAGCGCCACUCCCUAUCCCUCGUGGUCUGUGGCCUCCACAAAACCGCUACCUUAACGUCCCUUCCACUACGGACCCAAGUACAACAUCACCAUGGGGUUGCGCAGAAUGCAGUGGGAUGAUUGGAUAGAACUAGACAACGAGUACCUCAAGUUCCACUCAAUCAAAGCUUCUCGAAUUGCAGACCGUGGAGAGAAGUGCUGUAAGACGGCACCGGAGGCGUGGAAUGCAGCAAUCGAGCUUUUGGAAGAUAUGUGUGCCUAUCUGCCUGAAAGAUAUCCAUCGCUGUUCCAGCAUCUUGGGGAUGGUAGGGAAGGUUUGAAGAAUCUGGCCACUGGAGAGGUUAUUGACAUCAAGGAAAGGCUUGGAGUCGACAAGGAGGAUCCUUUGCAAGUCUGCGCACGUCUAGUGCAGGACGACUUGGCCGUCAUGAUCGAGCGGCCAGACGGUCAAUACUACCUCCUCGCAGGCGCGAUCCUACUUGCGGGCUUCUGGCGUCUCGAGGACAAGUUUGGUAUGCCGCUCUCGGAAAUCCAUACUUCCGGCGACGUUCCUCAGUACAAAGAGAAGCUCGAGAAGGGCAUGCUGAACAUGUUCAAGAGACUGCAGCCUGAGAAGCCUGUACUGAGAAACAAUUACUUCAUUCAGGUCGACGAUAACUUGGCAUGGAGUGAGAGUCUAGGGAGCGAAGACGAAGAUGGCAUCAACUGGGCAAGCGCGGAGAAGAUUGAAGGGGUAGGCAAUGUGUGGUUUAGAAGUGAACGCCAAAGUCUGAGAAGGCUUCCACGGUCUGGUGGCAUUGUGUUCACGAUUCGAACCUACUUCCACCCCAUCACGGAGAUUUGCAAGGAGCCAUAUGUGCCUGGCAGACUGGCAAGUGCGAUGCGCAGCUGGGGCGAGGACGUGAGUAGAUACAAGGGAAAGGCGCAGUACGCAGAUGUGGUGCUCAAGUACCUUGACGACAUGCAUGAAAAGCAGACAGCGAAUGGGUUGGACCUAGAGCAAAAGGACGAGGUCAGAGCGUGUCCUUUGUGAAGAUACCGAUGAGGUAUCGAACGUCAUUUUAGGUCAGCCAUAGCACCUCUAGUGCU